UUAGGGCCACACAUGCUGGGCCUUUAAGAACCAGAAGAAGCACAUGUCCUACAGGCGGACAAAGCCACUGCAGGCCAAGAGCUGGCCACAGAUCAGCACGCUGUGGACAGAACAAUGAAAUGUCAACAGGUAUGGACCACCGGAGCAGGGAAUUGGAUGGAUCCAGUCAGAGAAAUCCACCAGAGAGAUGUCCCAGUCCUCAGUAUUCCCAGGACUGUCCAGAGGAGAAACCAAAUAUCCCACUGGAUCAUCAGGAAAGUUCUGGUGAAACGACGAGUGGACUUGAAAAACCCAUAUCAGUGACUGUGAAUGUGGAAGACGGGAUGAGCGACUCCUAUGAACAUCUCCAUUUAUCUUCCCAUCAUGAAGCAGAAAAUAACAAUACCACACAGGAUGAUUCAAUAACUCCUAAUGUACCCUCAGUCCUUCACAGCAGAGAUCUGUCUACUGAUACUGCUGGUCACAAGAAACCUUUAUCCAAGCAAUUACUGAUUAGAAAAACAAGAACUAAACAGAAAAGUGGGAAUUUUUUUUCUAGUGAGAAACGUUUUAAAAAGAAAUCUAAUCUUUUUUUGGAUGAGAGAAAUUGCAGAGAUAACAGGUCAUUUUCAUGCUUGACAUGUGGAAAAUCUUUUAGCAUGAAAUACAUUCUAGUUAGACAUCAGAGAACUCACACAGGGGAGAAGCGCUAUUCAUGUCCUGAAUGUGGGAAAGGCUUUCACAAGCAAUCAAAUUUUAUUCAGCAUCAGAGAACUCACACAGGGGAGAUCCCAUAUUCAUGCCCAGAAUGUGGGAAAGGCUUUAACGAUCAAUCAAAUUUUAUUCGUCAUCAGAGAACUCAUACAGGGGAGAAGUCAUUUUCAUGUCUUGAAUGUGGAAAGUACUUUAGUCAGAAAUCCAUUCUAGUUACACAUCAGAGAACUCACACAGGGGAGAAGCCAUUUUCAUGUCUUGAAUGUGGAAAGUGCUUUAGUCAGAAAUCAAAUCUUGUUGCACAUCAGAGAACUCAUACAGGGGAGAAGUCAUUUUCAUGUCUUGAAUGUGGAAAGUACUUUAGUCACAAAUCCGUUCUAGUUACACAUCAGAGAACUCACACAGGGGAGAAGUCAUUUUCAUGUCUUGAAUGUGGAAAGUGCUUUAGUCACAAAUCUGUUCUAGUUACACAUCAGAGAACUCACACAGGGGAGAAGUCAUUUUCAUGUCUUGAAUGUGGAAAGUGCUUUAGUCGGAAAUCAAGUCUUGUUGCCCAUCAGAGAACUCACACAGGGGAGAAGCCAUUUCCAUGUUCAGAAUGUGGAAAGUGUUUUAGAGUGAAACCAUUGCUUAUACAACAUCUAAGAAGUCACACAAGAGGGAAUCCAUUUUAAUGCGCAGAAUGUGGGAAACGUUUUAGCCAGAAAUCAAAUCUUGUGAAACAUCUAAGAACCUACUUAGGAAAGAAGCCAUUUUCAUUUCUUGAAUGCGAUAAAUCUUUUGGUAUAAAGCAAAUAUUGUUAGACGUCAGAGAACUCACACAAUAGAGAAGCUAUUUUCAUGUUCAGAAUGUGUGAAAUGUUUCACCUGUCAAGCAAGUGUUGCUCGAUACUGCCGAACUCACUGCCAUAUUUAUGUGGAAAUGUGAGAAGUCGUUUAUUCAGAAAUCAAGUCUUGCUAAACAUGAGAGAAUUCACUUAGAAGAGAAGCCAUUGUAAUGUUCAGAUUGUAAGACGUGAGAGAUAUGGAGUUUCAUUGUGGAAUCUGCUGCCUAAUCAUGUCUUCUUUAUAACUUAAAAUGGUUGUGCAGUUUCCCAUAUUAAUAACCUAUCCUCAAGAAAGUGAGUCGACCAGUAUGCACCAACAUUGAGAACGUGUGGAAGAGAUCUGGGAACAGAUUUCAUUUGAGACAUGCUUGAAUUUGAUCAAUAGCUUGCCCAGUACUGACAGACUGCAGAAGGAGAGACAUUGCUACUCUCUCCCUGUAAACUGUACAUGGCUAUCACGAGUAAGGAAGGUAGAGAGGAAGUGCACCCCCUUGACUGCCACCCUCAACCCUGUCCCUGCCUACUUGCACCACCCACCCUAGGUGAUGGGGCGCCACUGGGCGAUGGUCCCUUCCCUACGUAAGUGCAAAGUAGAGAGGAUAGAGACAGAGAGGAACCGGAAAGCAAGGCAAAGAGCGGUAUACGAGACGUAGGCGAACCGACAGACAGGGAAGGGGACAAGAGAAAGGUACCCAGUAAUGGGAGAGGCAAUGGCGGGUCAACUAGCCGAGGUCAGGUCCAGGAGGUCACGUCAA